AUGGACCACCUCAACCACAAGUGCUUCGCCUUGGCAGGCAUAAAGAGGCAAAGUAAUUAUCGAUGUCUUUAUAGAAGGAGAUUUGUCGGGAGACUACAAGUGUUAUGGCUGAUGAGCCUCCGUCACUUGGCAUGCAAGAGGCAAGAAGGGAACAGGCCUGGCGAUGACGAGAGGAUGAGGGCUCAACUGACGGCGGUCAUCGUUACAAGGCUUGUUCACUUCUCUCAAGGAGGCCUGCAAAGUGGCCGACACCUAAGCGCUCACUGA